AUGAUUCCGACUGAUGUGCCAUUUGAGUUUAAACGCCUACAGUUUCCAGUGCGGCUUGCUUUUGCUAUGACCAUAAACAAGUCCCAGGGGCAAUCAUUAAGUGUUUGUGGUAUUAAUUUGGAAAACCCAUGUUUCUCACAUGGUCAAUUAUAUGUUGCCUGUUCCCGUGUUGGGAAACCAUCAGAUUUGUUUGUCUAUGCGCCAGGUGAUCAAACAAAAAACAUCGUAUACCACAAAGCACUACAAUGA